AUGGCGAAAGAGCAGUCGAGUUCGGGUUCGGUAAAGCAGAAUGCUAAGCUACAAAGUGAGGAUGAGAUGAGAAUUACUCUUAUGCAUUGUGGUAAACAUUAUUGGGUUUUAGUUAGUAGACUAUUGGUACCAAGAAAGGAGCAAGCCCAGUUUUUGAGAAGGUUUACGACUCUGGUAUCCCCACUUCAUGUGGUUGAUAUAGAUAUCCCCUUAAAUAAUUUGGUUGUUGAUGUACGAAAAUUGGAGCAAGUUGUAUUGGGGAGAGUUUCAUAUGAGUUUAGGAAGAACUAUUAUGAUUUGACUACAUCAAUGGGAUUCCAUGGCCAUUAUGCUUCGCCAAAAGCUCCAUUCCCAGAGGAGGUCAUAUUUCAUAAUAUUCGAAACUUGAUAUUGUCUGAUUGCAUAUUUGUUUUGGUGGUGGUUGUUUGA